UUGAAGAUGGCUGGAAGAGGCAAAGGCGGAAAGGGACUCGGGAAAGGAGGCGCUAAGCCACACCGAAAGGUUCUCCGAGACAACAUCCAGGGAAUCACCAAGCCCGCCAUUCGCCGCCUGGCUCACAGUGGUGGAGUGAAGCGGAUCUCCAGGCUUAUCUACGAGGAGACCUGUGGGGUGCUGAAAGUGUUCCUGGAGAACGUUAUCCGCGAUGCCGUCACCUACACCGAGCAUGCCAAGAGGAAGACCAUCACUGCCAUGGACGUGGUGUAUGCGCUGAAGCGCCAGGGCCGCACCCUGUACGGCUUCGGAGGCUAAACAGGAGCGG